GUCCCAUCUGCCGUACAUAACCUCUUGUGUCUUUUCUGUCGUGGUUCCACCCUUUUCGUCGCAGGAUAUACAAGAGCCGGCAGAUCUGUACAAACACAAGUGAGAUAUGAGUGCGUUCAGCGAAAUUCCAAUUCUCGACCUCUCUCUGGCCGACAACCCGGCGACAAAGCCCGAGUUGCUCAACCAGCUUCGCCAUGCGCUACUGGAAGUCGGCUUCCUGUACAUAAAAAACUACGGUAUACCCGCCGACCUCACCCAGCAGGUUAUAGAGCAGGGAAAGGCUCUGUUUGAUAUUCCCGAGGAGGAGAAGUUCAAGAUCGAGAUGAAGAACUCGCCGCACUUUCUCGGAUACAGCAGACUUGCCAACGAAAUCACAAAAGAAGCAAUCGAUUGGCGCGAGCAGAUCGAUCUCGCGACCGAACUGCCUGCUCCGGGUGGCAGCGAGCCAAGGUAUCGCUGGCUUAGGGGACCUAAUCUCUGGCCUAGCGAAGAGGUGCUCCCCAAGUUCAGAGAGGUGUACACGGAAUACAUAAAUAGGAUGGCGAAGGUGUCGACAAAUUUCACUAGCUUGGUUGCUGAAUCGCUGGGUUUGGAACCGACAGCGUUUGACAAGUACUUUGACCCCGACCAGCAGCACAAGCUCAAGAUUGUCAAAUAUCCGGAUUUAGGCGAGCUCGGCGCCUCCGGCACAGGUCAAGGCGUUGGUCCGCACAAGGACUCGAUGCUCACGUCCUACCUCUUGCAGGCGUCGGACCACAAAGGACUGCAAGCACAGAAUUCCGAAGGUGAAUGGAUUGACUGUCCGCCGAUUGACGGCACUCUUGUCGUCGUGAUUGGACAAGGUCUUGAGGCGUUGACGCGGGGUGUAUGUGUUAGUACUUCACAUCAGGUUAUCUCACCACCAGCGGGAUCCGGAGCCCGCUACUCCGUCCCGUUCUUCCAAGGCGUGUCAUACGACGCCAAAUUCGGAGAAAUGGACCUCCCGGAGAGCGUGCUCAAACUGAAGAACGAGUUACGGCAGAACAAGGACAACAUUGAGAUGACAUUCCGACACGACAUGUUUGAUCAUAUUGGCGAGGCUACGCUUCUCAACCGAGUCAAAUCGCACAAAGAUGUGGCCGAGAGAUGGUAUCCGGACUUGAUCGAGGUAGUUACGGCGAAGAAGGAGGAGCUAAGGGGAAAGCUGACCACCUCGGCGGUGCCUCUGGCGGUCAAUUAAUAAUAUUACUCUUGUAUCAAGCUAUGACUGCGUGAAGUGUGUGUAGUAGUAGAAAAGUAGGAUCCCAUUGAAAUUCAAUCGACUACUGAUGAGCUAUAAACUGUAAAUGGAGC